AUGUCAUCUUCAAAGGACGAUGUUCUGCAGUUCCUCGACUCCCUCGACGGCGACGCAAACACCACCCCGUCCACUGGCACCGACCAAACCGGAGCAACCGCCUCACGCGACAGGACUGCCUCUGCCUCCUCGGCCUCUGGUCUCCCAGCAACAGGAGCCGCCUCAGGAGGAGGAGCAGACAACCAGGACGAACAGUCCGUCCUCGACUUUCUGGACGAAAUCACCCAGUCUGCCUCCACCCCCGUCGACACCACCGCCAAGGCCACCCCUCCUGGCUCCCAGGGCAAGUCGUCCUUCAACUCUACCGCUGCUCUUCCUUCCAAGUACUUGCAGCAACAGCAACAGCAUGCAGCGCCUCAGCAGCAACAGCAACAGCAGGCACAGGUCGACUCGAGGUCGUCGUGGUUGGGUAGUCUGUGGUCGACUGCUUCUGAGGCCGUGAAAAAUACGCAGACGGUUGUGCAGAGUUCGGUUAAGGCUACUAUGGAGAGCCAGGCGACCAAGAACUUGGAGGAGCGCGUCAAGGGUUUUGUUAACGCCGAGAAUAUUGGCAAGAUUGGUAAUGAUCUGAAGUCGCUGACACUGAGCUCGAUGACGACAGUGCUGGAUGUGAUUGCCCCCCCAAUAGCCGAGCACGAGGUGGUCGAGAUCUGGCUGGCUCACGAUAUGGUAGGAUAUGUCGGUGUCGAGGGUCUGGUCUACAGAGCAUUCUCAAAAGUCAUGGAGCAGACCGAGGGCGGCGAUGUGAUUGUCCACCAGGGAGCAGGAACCAACCAGAACGAGGAUGUGCAACCAGAGGACCGUCAAUUGAACGCUUGUGAGGGUUACGAACAGGCCGUUAAACUGGCCAAGGCCAACAUUGAGCACUUGAUCAAGACACAUUACGAUGCCGAGAAGCACCAGUCUGGUGCCGACAGGAAUCCCGUCACCCUGGCCUCGAACUGCCCAGUCUUUAUGGCGAUCCAACCCUGCCGUGUGCCCCGUCACGGAUACACCAAGCCUGCUUCCUCGGAGGAGAAGACGCUGGAGAAGGAUAUGUUUAUCUCGUAUGUAAUUGUCUUGCAGGACCCCACACACAAGUUGGAGUUUGAGUCGUGCUCGCAGAGCUUGCCUGCACAUUGGUUGUUGAUCCCCUAUGAGGAAAACGAGUGGGUCGAAGAUAGGAUGGUUGAUUGUAUCCGUUUGGCGGUUGGUGUUGUUGCACAGGAUUAUGUCUGGACAAGGAUGAAGGGCGACGAGAUCCAGAGGCUGCAGAUCCUGGAGGUUGAGGCCCAGGCUAAGCUCCAGGCUGAACAGCAGCAGCAGCAGCAUCAAGAGCAGAAAGAGCAACAGGAUGUCAAUGUGUCGCCAACCACGCGCCGUUUCGACCCAGAGACGCCCCUCGCUCAUCCACAUCCCAACCUCCAGAACUUGGUUUUCAUCUCGGCUACACAGACGCGGGUCAAUAUUGUCACCUUCCCUGGGCUCCACUCCUUCUCGAUCCCUAGAUGCAACAUUACCAAGGAGGAGAUCCCCGAGGCUGCCCUAUGGGAGAAACUCAUCCACCCUAUGCUGACAACCAUAUCUGUCGACGACCCGUCUGGGUUUGUUCAAUGUCGAGUCAAGCUCCCCAACGCCAGAACCCUUAACUUCACGGUCUUCCCACCCAGCAACCUGGCCCUCCAAAGACUCCUCAGGGCGUUUCCAGCGAUGGGUCAUCUCGAGAUACGAUUGGAGAAGCCGAAACUCAGCGAAACGGAGGAAGACGAGGAAGAGUUUGAGGUCCAGAGCGUGCACCACAUCCCAAGGCCGUGUGUGAUCAAGACAAUUGUCGCCUACAAUAUCUGGACGGCAUCAAACAGGAUCGACAGAGUGUUUUGUCAGAUGGACUUCUUGUCACGUCUGAACACCUGGCGUCUGAGCGAGAACAUGGGGUUGACAGAGGAAGAACAGGAUUUCAUGGAUCUCCAGCUGUUCUCGUGCGAAAUCCAACGCCAGGUCUAUGUACGACUAGGACGACUCCGAAAAUUGGAAGGGUUGUAUCUAAGUCAGCGCAUUGCACCCAAGAAGGUGGUCUUUACAACGGAAGAGGAGGAUAUCCCAGAAGGUCUUGAGAUGACAUUGGCGUCGGGGCUGGCUGAGUUAGGAGUGAUAAGGGAUUUGCAGAAGAUUGGUCUCUUCUCUAUCCUCGCCUCGGGCUCAGAGGAUCAACACACCAUGGUCGAGACUCCAAAAUUCCUGGCUUACAUGGCUCUUCUCUCGAACCCGAAUCCUGCCUUGCCUGCAUCCCCGUCUUCCGUCUCUGGCAUCAAACGGAUCAGGACUCGUCUUGCCGACCACGCACGUCAUAUUCGUCAUCUGACUGUGGAUCGAGACAGUGUCUUGCAGGGCGCGCUCCUGGUUGGGCUGAAUAAUUUGGCGUCGCUGGAGUUUGGUCGGUCCAUGGACGAGAUCUUACAUGACAACGAUGAGGACCUCCCGGACUUGCAUGAAGGGAUUCCGUUGCUGGUCGGUGUUCAGCCCUGGAAGUAUGAAGAUUCCGGGUACGAUCCACAGGUGCAUCAUGGAUAUACUCAAGUGGCUCUAAAGCGACUGGAGUUCAAGGAUGAUAUUUCGUUGGAGCAGUUCCCAUCGGUCAUUGAGGCGUUUCCAGCACUGAAGCAGCUGUCGAUCCGAGAAGUAAGCACUGGAGGCAUUUCCAAGCUUGAAGAGCGUGUGGCAGUUACUGGGUUUGGAAAUUGUUUAAGCGAGUUCUGGGACGACGAAGAAGCCUAUCCCCUCAAUGUUGACUCUACAAUCCGGGGCGUGGCGAUUUUGGAACCUUAUCAGGAAUACGAGCAGUCCAGGAUCGACAGAGUCAUUGCUUACAUGACGAGGGCGGUUCGACUGGAUAUGUGCGAAGUAUACGACAGGAUGCUGGUUGGUGUUGCCGAGGUCUAUGUCAAGUGUUCAAAGUUGAAGGUCUGCGUAGAGCGGGGUCAUCUUGCCUCGGCAGAGUUUUCCCUCGGGGGUCGGAAUGGACUUACCUUGGACUCAAGAGACUCGAUCUCGUGA